AUGGCGGCCGUUCCCAGCAUGACACAUAUGUUGCGUUUUAAUGGUUGUGAAUCCCUGAAUAAAGUUUCUCUUUUGAUAUUUGGAGUUAACAGUAUAAAUAAAAAGAAACUAUCUCAGACUAUCACCAAACUCUCAACCAAUUUUGAUGUGAAAAUUCAAAUUUCAGAUUACCUGUUUCCUGAAAAAGACAAAAAUCCUUUUCAAUUCAAUGUUGAUUAUAUUUGUUUUGUUGCUGAUAUUUCACAAAAAGAAAGCUUGAAGAGAGUUACAGAUUCUAUGAAAUUUAUUGAUGCAAAAUACUUUCUUAGCAGAGCAUGUUUGGUUGUUCACAUACCAAAUGGAUGUCGGGAAAAUUUUUCAAUUGAACUAGAAUCAAUUAAUCAUUUAGCCAAGAAUUAUAAUUUGAUGACAAUUUUUGGCAAUCUUGAGAAAGGAGCUGAUAAAGUUUCCACACAACUUCUCAGAUUGGUUGAGAUAGCAUGUGGCUUUAAAAAAAAUGGAAAAAAUUCACUUCUUUUAUCACUUGUAUAG